AUGAUUCCACUCCUACUACGACUCCCAAGGCUCAUUUUCCAGCCUCCUGAGGAUCUUCUGGACAUUUCCCUGUUCUUUUCUACCAUACCGCCCCUGUGGAGCCAGUUAGGGACACCUCCCACCUUUGCACUGUCAUAUCCGUGCAUACCCGAUCCCGACCCGACUUCUGGAACUCCUCCUUCCCACCUCCGGAGUCCUACCCUACUGCUGUCCGUUCCAAUACUCACCCUCGGUCCUGGCAACACACCUCCUUCUACCUCCGAUGCCACCUCCACUCCUCCUUCCCUCUCCUCCCCUAUCUCCGUCCACUCCAAUACUCACCUCGGACCGAACACCGCCCCUCUUGCCACCCUCCUACUACUCCUCCUCCUACUCCUCCGCUCCUUCCUCACAACACCUCCACCCUUCCAUCAUCCUCCUACGCUUCUCCCGUCUGCUCCGAUACUCACCUUCGGACCUGACAACUCUCCUUUCCGCCACUCCUUCCCUCUUCCCUUUCUCCUCUCUCUCCCCUCUGGUACUCUUCCGCCGACCUCCCGCCAAGUUAUGACCUUCCACCGCUGUCUCGUACUUCGUACUCAGGCACCGCUCUCCAUUGCAUUGGUGACCUCAUACUACGUAAACACCAUUGCCAAUAUUCCUUGGACUUCCAACCCCGCCUCCUGGCUUGAGGACAGCAAGUGUCAUAUCCCGGAAUCCCGACCCCACACUCUCUGUCAUAUCCGUACAUACCCGAUCCUGAUCCAACUUCCGGACCCUCCUCUCCACCACCUCCGGAGUCCUACCCUACCCCAUCCGCUCCGAUACCCACCUUCAGAUGUGACACCACACCACUCCUCACCUCCUCUCGUCAUUCCUCUCCCCAUUCCUCUCCCCAUUCCUCUCCCCAUUCCUCUCCUCACUCCUCUCCUCACUCCUCUCAUCAUUCCUCUCAUCACCUCCUCUCAUCACCUCGUCACCUCCUCUCCCCGCUCCUCACAUCACUCCUCUCCCUCCGACCCUCUUCUGCCAACCUCCACCAAGUUACAACCUUCCACCACAGUCCCAUACCCUGUACUCAGACACCGCUCGUACCUUCGCUCCGAGAUCCUGUCAUGGUUCCAACCUCGGACUUUGACUCCACCUCAGCUUAAGUCCACUGCAUUGGUGACCUCAUUUCAAGUAAACUCCAUCGCCAAUCGGAGUGGAUGGGAGAAGGGUAGGAGAGUGAUGGAAGGGUGGAGGUGUUGUGAGGAGGAAUAG